CAAACGUUUAGCCAAAAGAUGAACGAAGACGACAAGGAUGAUUCGUUUCGACCGAUUAUUUCGUCGUCUGGACGUUCGAUAGCCUGUGACAUCAUCGUUUCGCUAAAUCGAAACAGGAGAUGCAUUGGAUACAUCAUCUAAAGAUCUCAAAUUUGUUAAAUUAACGUCGAAUAUUAUUUCUGAGAUGUUCUUCUAAUUUAACGUCUCCUCGCAACUUAUAGAAACAGAAACAUUAAAAAGCUUGAUACAUUUGUACACGUGAAAAAUAACAUACGAGUCGUGAGAAAGAUGCAAACGAAUAGUUUUAUAUUAAUUCUUCGAAUUAACUUAUAACGAGAGUAAUUUAUACAGAGGCUAGGAUCAAAGGAAAGCUUAAGGUAUCCCGAUGAGGCAAGUUGUAUGUCACUGUCUGGGCAGAAUGAGUCCCGUGAUUCGAAUGGAAUCCAUUCGUUUGUCUGCCCCCGGGACGGAGAAGACAGCGCGGAUUCCGGAAGCAGAGUGACCGAACUUUCGAAUUGAUGUAUCUCUAAAUAAAGCGAGCACGACUUUGGUUGUACCGUCGAUUGAAGUCGGUAGCCUAUGUCUAGGGUCUACAUUGAACUAUCUGUUGGUCUUGGAGCCGGGCCAAUCUCGAUAGAAAAGGUAGGGGUGAGAAUAAGAUUAAUGCCGCGCAGCCGUCUCUAAUGUACAAAAUAAUCGUAAUUAAAGAGGAAUUUCGUAAAAAGGAAAAUAUCAAUAUCAAGUAUUUCACGUUAAAACAAUAUAAGAGAAAAGAAACGAUAACGGGAAGAAAGUUCUCUAAUAGAGUCGUCUGUAAGAUGAAAGAACAUAGAAGAAUAUCUUUUUUCUUUUUUCGAUGUGAUUCAGUCAGACUGAAAUAUUGACCUGGAAAAUGGAUAACUUCUAUUGAAAGUGGCACUACGCCAAACACAAUAAUCUUAAACGAACGGUGCCAUGUUGUGUGGCAUCUUUGUUUGCGAUUGCACGUAAACGCGUGAACAGUAUCGUAGUCUACGACUAUUUAUUGGGCAAAGUUUAUUUGCACAGCGGACGUUGCAACUUAAAAUCGCACGCGCCGACACCGUUCUCCAGACGGGAGUUGUACGACCGCUGCGGCCGUUUGUUUGAACUGGCAAAAUUAGUGAACUUUCGGGUCGCUAACUGUUACGACGUUCGGGAACGAUGAAAACGCCUGAAUGUCGCCAAUGGUUCCCCUUCACUGCCAGAACUUUGCUGCUUAACUGAUCAAAUUCUGUCAACUUUAUCCGUAAAUUUUCCGCCGAUUAACAUCGACUAAAACAUGUACCAUAAAACUAUGAUGAUUAAGAUAAAACCAUCAGUCAACGAAACACACACGUAGAUACAAAUGAUGGAGUAACACUUAAUCAUUCAGCGUUUCGAUAAUCUCUGAAAGAAAUUCUAGUAAGCAAAUAUACACAAGAUAUGAGUUAAUCAUAGAUAUCGUGACUGAACAAAGAUGUAAGUGGAACCGAACAUUGUCACGAUGAAACAAUUAUUCUGUAUUAACACUAUCUAUGAUCUUUCUAAUUGCUGAUCAUAAAUUUCAGCAAUUGCCAUUUGAUUUUACCUUCGAAAUUCGAACUGGUAAAGCAACGGAUGAUACUUUUUAUGGGAUGGCCUGAUACCAAAAGAUUCGACGCGAAAUUUAAUUAUAACACGCAUGACGCACGAAAUAUAUACCUUUCAUCGAAAUUAGACUGAUAUGAAAAAUGUGAGAUAUAAAAAGUCUAUAAUAAACCAUCGAUUCAAAAAUAAAAUCACCGUUGGAAAAUAAGAGGUGAACGCACUAUGGCCCAAUAUCUUACGACGUAUAAAAAGGAUUACACGUGGCCUUCGACCAGGUACAAACGUAAGAUAACUUCGCUAAGCGAGUAUGCUUCUUGUAAAUGCCAUGAUCGUCCACAAGAGAUAAAGCCCCUUGUACGUUGCGGGGACGAUUACGACUGGAGUCGCACGGGUCCCAUGGGGCGGCUUCUGGACCCAAAGCUUUAUCCUGCAAAAACGGGACCGCAUCCGGAAACUGAAGCCACGAGAUUCGAUCAACCAGCCACGUACAUGAGAAAGUUGGAAGAGAAACAUCCUAAUCUUUAUGGAGUUCUACAGAGUACUCCUAUCGACGAAGUAAUUAAACGCGUUGACGAAGAUCGACUGAAGACAACAUACCAGUUGGAUUAUUCUGACAAAGCCGCUCCAAUGGAGGAUAUCUCUAUGGGGGCUCCCUGUGGUAUCAGACAAGAAGAAGCAAAGGACAUAGACUGUCGACCCUCUACUCGAGCUAAGCUAUUGAAAGUAUCUAGUCGAGAUGACAGAGACAAAAUAGGAAAGAGGCGGUCGAAGAAAGUGGCCGGGGCUGAAGACGAAUUGCAGGAAACGCGACUACUUCCAUGGCGAUCGGAAUAUCAAGAUACUAUCAGUAAACUAGGUCAAUCGAUUCUAAAAUAUAACAUUCAUCAAAAACACGAUAGUGCACCAGCUUGGGCGGCAACUGCCUUGUAGAAAUUAAUUGUAUCGCUGUGUUCAAUAAACGAUAUUCCAUCCGGAUUCAGUUCUCAAAUACGUUUAACGUGAUCGCCAGAAAAUACUUGCGAAACAAAAUUUAUUUCCAUUUUUUCACUGCUAAAAAGAGUGUAUAAAAGAGUGUUCUUAUUUUAAAAAAAAUACGUAAUGUCCCUUUUUUCAUAGAAAUAAAUAAUAUUGAAAUAUUCGAAGAUAUUCAGGAAUAUCUAAAACCUUGAAGUUGCUCGAGGAACUCAGUCAGCCUGCUCGCAGUAUGGAAGACAGACAAAUUACGUAGAACUAGAAAAUAAUAUAGUACAUCAAAUUCUGUGUAAUAAUGCACAAAAGCGCUAUGCAUCUGUCGACAACGUGUUUCGCAGAAUAAAUUAAAAUAGCAACUUUCUCUUCGAAUCGU